AUGUUCGUCCUGAAAGCCAUAACAUACUUUCUAUCGCUUGCCAAUACUUUUGGAAAUAGAAAUAAUUUUCAUUUAAGUGAACUUAUAGAAAAAAUUCACCUCGAAAACGAUAUUGAUAAUGUGUGUUUCAUUGGCGCUGAUUUCGACUUCGUGGGUGAUUUCGUUCGAAAUCAUUCAAACAUCAAAGUGUUGAUAAUUACUUCCCUAGCUGAUGUCUUCACAGAAAUUCCCCACAUGACACUAUUAGUAGUUGAUGUUUCUCACUAUCAGGAACAAGAACUCAUGCCAUCUGAAUUAGAGGAAUUCAUUCGAAAACUCCAAGUUCGAAAAUUCGUAAUUGUUUCGGCGGAUAACUUCCAGAAACUCCAUGAUUAUUUCCUAUUCUUCGAAGAAAACAAAUUCACCAGAAUAUUUGGGAUAACAAAUAACACGCCCUUUGUAUUCAUGCCGUAUGCCGACAGCAAAAUCCAACAAGUCCAAAUGGAUGUCAAACUUCCAAAUGCAUUGAAGGACCUUAACGGAUUCGUUUUUCGAACAACCGUGGAAAGAAACAUUCCCCGAACGUUCUGGUACAAGAAGAAAGACGGAAAACGAAAAAUAGGGGGCUGUUUUGGACAGAUAUUUUUGGGCUUUCUCCAACGACACAAUGCAAUUUACAAGGAAAUUAAACUACACAAUGCCUCUGAUAUGUACAGUCCCGCUCUCAUAAAUGCAACUAUCGAAAACCGAAUUGACAUUAGCAUGAAUGCCUACGGAGGUAGCAAAGAUCUUGAUUCCACGUAUCCAGUUAAAUUCGGAAAGUUUCAAGUAAUGGUUCCACUAAACGGUUAUGUGUCCCCCAAUGAGUACUUCGAACGACCUUUCUCACCGACUGUAUGGGCAUUGGUAGGCCUUACUCUCGUCUAUGUUGUGUUGAUCGAUGUGGUGUUAAAAAUUCUAACCAACGAGCCUGUUGAGGUUUGGCGAAGUUUCAGUCAUAUGUUCCUGGCAAUGAUUGGGCUGCCACGAGAAAGACCAGUGACGACAGCCUACCGACUGCAUUUCCAAGUUUUCGUAUUGGCAUUUAUUCUAGUGAACAUUUAUGUCAUUUCGUUUACGUCAUUUUUGACAGUUUACAUAAAAGUCAAACAGUUUAACACUCUCAAGGAUCUAAUGGACAAUAAUGUGAAGGUUAUGAUGAUGACUUUCAUUUGGGCAGCAAUUUUUAAUUCCGGAAGCUUUCCUCCUGGAUUUGAAAAUAUUGUAGUUGCAGUUGACCAAAAAACUUAUCUAACAGAGUUAUAUUCAAUGAAAAAUACAAGCUUUGGUUAUGCUGUGAGUGCUGACACAAGUGAUUUUCUCUUACAUUUGCAAGCGUGUUUUAGAAAACCACUAUUUCAUAUGACACAUAAUAGUUUAUUGGAAUAUACACUUGGAUUUACAUUAGUUAAAUAUUCACCAUUCAAAGAGAUUUUGAGUGAUUUCAUUUUUGAUGUUAUGGAGACGGGUUUAGUGAAUAAAUGGGAGCUUGAUGUCGUUGUUCAGGCUCCUUAUGCUGGCGUAGAAGAACUUUUGGUGCAACGGGAGGAUAUCCAAAUAGUUGGGGAUGAGCAUGCUGCCUUGACAGUUCAACAUUUGAUGUUUUGUUGGAAUUUACUGGCGCUUGGUUGGACAAUAGCAGCGUGUGUAUUUGUGGGCGAGAAAUUAAGCAAAUUGUUUUUGAAAUUUUAA